AUGAGCUCGGCGGUGGCUUGGUGCUGCCUGUCCACCGCCCAGGAAGGCGCUGAGCUCAAACCGGCACCCGCGGCCCAGCGGCGCUUUCGCUCCCCCGGCCCAGCCCGGCCGCUAAGUUUAAAAAUGGGACGUCGCUCCUCGGACACAGAAGAAGAGAACAGAAGCAGAAGGAAAAAGAAACACCGCAGGCGUUCGUCUUCAAGUAGUUCCUCAGACAGCAGAACGUACAGUCGCAAAAAAUCUGGAAGGAAAUCAAGGUCAAGGUCGCGGUCUCGAGAUCUCCAGUCUCGUUCUCAUUCUUAUGAGAAAAGACGCAGACACAGAUCAAGCAGUAGUUCUUCAUAUGGUUCUAGAAGAAAACGCAGUCGUAGCCGAUCAAGGGGCAGAGGCAAAUCCUACAGGUCUCAAAGAUCGAGAUCAAAAAGUAGAACAAGAAGAUCACGAUCAAGACCUCGUCAACGUUCUUAUAGUCGAAGUAGUGAAAGAUCCAGUCAUAGGACAACUCAUAGCGGGUCUCGUGAAAGAGAGCGGCGUAAAGGCAGAGAGAAAGAAAAAAUAAAAGAGAAGGGCAAAGGAAAAGAAAAGGAGAUAUAUGGCGCAAAGCAUGGGGACUCUGGAAACAUCAAAGCUGGAUUAGAACAUCUGACUCCUGCUGAACAGGCCAAAGCUAGAUUACAGCUGGUUCUUGAGGCAGCUGCUAAAGCAGAUGAAGCAUUAAAGGCUAAAGAGAGAAGUGAAGAAGAAGCGAAGAAAAGAAAGGAAGAAGACCAAGCCACCCUAGUAGAGCAAGUGAAACGAGUAAAAGAAAUUGAAGCUAUUGAAAGUGACGCCUUUGUUCCACAGACAUUCAGAUCAAGUAAAGAAGUCAAAAAGUCAAUAGAGCCCCCUGAACUACAGUACGAACCUGUAGCUAUCGGAGCGGGAACUGCUGAUGCGUCUGCUCCUGAGAAAGAACCACCACCUGCCAAUAUCCCUACUGCCAUCAAAUAUCAAGAUGAUAAUUCUUUAGCACAUCCAAAUCUGUUUAUCGAGAAGGCAGAAGCAGAAGAGAAGUGGUUUCAGCGGCUGAUUGCUCUCCGGCAAGAGAGGCUGAUGGGCAGUCCGGUGGCCUGAGCAAACUGCUGUGACCAUCUCAUACCGGUUCUCCAUGAAUGCUAAGAAAUCCUACCAUUAAAUUUUCUUUUUCUCUUUUGAGGAGAUUUUAAUACUCAGUAUGAGUUGUAUAGAGAAUAAAUAUUUCAUCUGAAUAAACAAGAAUGUUCUAUCCUCUGUUUUUUUUGCCUGAACUUGUUGCUGGGUGACCUGUAUCGCUGAGCUACCUGCUGUAGAUGGGAAGGCUAUCAGAGCAGUGUAAUUUUCUUUUUUUGUACUGAAUUCCUCUAGGGUGCAAAAAACCUGACAGCCCAAGGAGGCAUAACGUUAUACCUCCCAAUCAAAAAAAUAUAUAUACCCACGUGGCAGUUUAAAGAUAAAUGAAAAAAUAAGACUGACAAAGAAAGUUCAGAUUUACCAGCGCUCAGACAGUAGAGUACAAGCGAUACCACCCCGGGCCACGCCAUCCUCUGCAGCUGGAGGAGGAUUCGGGGCAAAUGAUAUCGCUGUUAUCUCCUCUCCCUUCCGUUCUGCGUUACGGGAGCAGCUUCUGAAUCCCCAACAUCUGUGCGCGGUCUCCUUGCUGAGGGGCUCUUCUGAAUUGAUGCGUUCAUCUGAAUUGAUGCGUUCAUCCGCCUGCUCCAGCCUUAGCCCGGUUCCUACAUGGGGCGGCCGGGAGUGGAAAGAAAUGUUUUACAUUUCCUUGAACAUCUACCCACUACUGUUAGCAUCCCGGAGUAGAUCUAAAGAAAAAGUGAUGUUGUCCUUUUAAACGUAUUCGUAAAGUUUUCAGCACGUUUCAAGAAAAUACUAUUUUCUGAGCAAUUUUAAGCACACUAAGAAGGUCAGUAACCUGGAAAAGAUAGUUUUCCAUGAACUCUUAAUGGGAAAUAAUAAAUCAAUAUUAUUAAUGGGAAAUAAAUAUUAUGGCGUGUAAUAGUACAGGCCUUUCUUGAAAAGACUAAUGGCAUACCUAUUUCUGCAUAGAGUGACUGUUUUCAGCCUAUGAAGCUUCUGUUUGUCCAGGUUUGACUUUAAAACAAUAAAAGAUUAGUCCUGAUUGAACAUAUCAAAUUUAUCCUGAGCAUACUUACCAAAAAAAUCUGUCUGUCAUCCAACUAAAUGCCAGAGAUCAACCAAAUACAAUACAGAAGUAUUUUUUCUGCGGAAUCUAGAAAAGCUGUGAGAAAACUAUUAAAUGAGUAGACGACUAAACUGAGCCCCCCACCUCUGGAAACACCUCAUUGGAAAUUACCUGCAUCAGCUUUCCUGGGUGAGUCCAGACAUUCAUUUAGUGUUAUUUUUCCCUUGUGCUCAGAUCAGUGGUGGGGAAAAAAAAAAAAAAGAGGAUGAUUCUGGUGACGUCCUGUGUUUUUUGUAUUUUUUUAGAUGACUGAUGGAAAAGGAAAAAUUAAAUUUGCAUUCUAACACAUUUUUACUUUUUCUUUGUGAACAGUGUUAGUUUUACUUGGUCCUGCAUUAAAAUGGCUAUCUGGGUUUCAAGACUACCUUGUCUGCAAGAAAAAGUGGAAAAAAAAUUGUUUCCCUUGUUUCAUUUCAGCGUUUUCAAAUGGUAAAUAUUUGUCACUGUUCUGUUUUCUAAUCUCCUCCUGUGUUUCUUUCAUAGUAAAUAAAAACUAUUUG